AUGAUAGACGAUGAAAUAUUGCGAGAUUUGUCAGUUGGACUGAAUUUUUUAAAAUCUGUACAUUUUUCCAUAUUCCUAUAUUUGCUUUUGCAGUAUGGAUUUAUAAAUACAUGCUUGAAGUCUCUAGUGGUUGAAAAAUAUGGUGAAGAAACCUGGGAAAACUUAAGGAUCCAAGCAGGAGUUCAGGAUUCAUUUUUGACUUUUGAAGUUUACCAAGAUGAGAUCACAAUGCUGCUAAUUGAUAAAGCCUGCAAAAUGUUAGGUGUUCCCUCUGAUAUGGUCCUGAAGCAGUUUGGAGAGUAUUUCUUUGAGUUUUGCAAACGAUCAGGCUAUGACCAUAUGUUAAGAACUUUGGGUGGAAAUCUCUACGAGUUCAUAGAAAACCUGGAUUCAUUGCACAGCUACUUAUCUCUUUCUUAUCAGGAAAUGAAUGCACCUUCUUUUAGAGUAGAAAAUAAUGAAGAUGGGUCAAUGCAUUUACAUUACUACUCAGAUAGAAGAGGUCUGUGCCAUAUUGUUCCAGGAAUCAUUGGUGCAGCAGCCCUGGAUUUUUUCAACACUGAAAUUUCAAUGGAAAUAGUCAAUCAAACAGAAGAGGAAGAAAGGACUGGGAAAAAAGAACACACUGUUUUCCUUGUCACUCAGAAACCUGUAUUUUCAUAUAACAAGAGAGAUAAAUUUUCUUCCUUACCACAAUAUCAUGCCGAUUCUGGAAGGCAAAGCGAAAAACUACUGAAUAAGGACCUUGAAAAAACUGUGAAUAAGAUUAGAGAUAGAACAAGUCUUGUUCCUGUUCGUCCUGUCAAGAAAAGUCACUGGGAGACAAUAAGAGGUAUCGUUACAUUAGGAAAAGGUAAACUACUGAGAGGAUUUGAUCCUGUUUAUCCUAAGACCCUCUGGAUAGACACCAAAACAUUUUGCAAUGGACUGCCUUUCCAUAUUGUUUUUGACAAAGAGCUCAGGGUGAAGCAAGCUGGGGUGAGCAUCCAGAAGAUUGUUCCUGGCCUUCAGACUAUGGGGAUCCACCUGGAUCACUACUUCAGUAUUGUGCACCCAGAAGUGACAUUCACCAUCUCUAGUGUUCAGAAAUUUAUCAAUAGUCAGUUUGUUUUCCGGACAAGGCGGGAGAUGAUGCCAGAGUCCUGGAAACAACGCCCAAUGCUAGAGCUCAGAGGACAAAUGAUCUGGAUGGAGUCCCUGCAGUGCAUGUUAUAUCUCUGUUCACCUUUACUACGCACUUUGCAUGAGCUAGAAGAGAGGCAGAUGCAUAUUGCAGACAUAGCACCCCAUGACGUCACCAGGGAUUUGAUUCUUCUUAACCAGCAAAGACUGGCAGAGAUGGAGCUCUCCAACCAACUGGAGAGGAAGAAAGAGGAACUGCGGAUACUAUCAAAGCACCUAGAAGAAGAAAAGAAAAAGACAGAAGCUCUGCUGUAUGCUAUGCUUCCUAAGCAUGUGGCCAAUCAGCUAAAAGAAGGGAAACGGGUUGAGGCAGGAGAGUUUAAAGAAUGCACCAUAUUGUUCAGUGAUGUUGUGACCUUUACCAACAUUUGUGCCCAGUGCGAACCUAUCCAGAUAGUCCUCAUGUUAAAUUCAAUGUACCUGCGAUUUGACAGGCUAACAACAGUGCAUGAUGUCUACAAGGUGGAGACUAUAGGAGAUGCCUACAUGGUGGUAGGAGGUGUCCCUGUGCCUGUAUCUACUCAUGCAGAACGAGUUGCCAACUUUUCCCUGGGAAUGAUAAUAGCAGCCAAAGAAGUCAAGAAUCCAGUUUCUGGCAACCCUAUCCAAAUUAGAGUUGGGAUCCAUACAGGCCCUGUGCUGGCUGGAGUAGUUGGAGAAAAGAUGCCUCGUUAUUGUUUGUUUGGAGACACAGUGAACAUAGCUUCCCGGAUGGAGAGUCACGGGGUUCCAAGUAAAAUUCACCUUAGCACCAGUGCUUAUCAAUGCUUAAAGGACAAGAAUUUUGAAAUAAUGGAAAGAGGAGAAAUAGAAGUGAAGGGCAAGGGCAAAAUGCAUACGUACUACUUGAUUAAAAACAGGACAGCAACCGAGAAUGAAAUCUUGGGAAGGCCAAUAAGAGAUUCAGAUUCUGGCCCUGAACCUAUCCCAUCCUUUCAGGAAUCCAGGACUGAAGUGAUAGAAAAUGCGUGUCAGCAAGCUAUGCAGCCAAAUUCAGGUGAGGAUCAGCCUCUAGCCAUUGCAAUGAAGUACGUUGAUGGUCCUACUGAUGUACAAGGUGCUUGCAAAGGAAGAAACCAAGCUAGAAUUAUGAAUGUAACAGGCAAAACAUAUGGUUCCAAAAGCUGUAGAAAUCUCCAUGGUGAACAGCAGUCAAGUGAUCAUCUUUCUCUUCUUAACCAAGAAAGAUUCAAACCAGCAACUGAAGAACCAGAGAUCAGAAAUGUUCGAUCUAAUUUUUGCAAUGUACUUUAAGAUCCUGACUUUAGAAGUUAAAUGGGGAAAGGAUGUUUUGCUCUACUAUAUUUUGCUAUCACAAGUACUGAUUUCGUACAUUAGUACAGAGUUUCUAGGAAAAAAAAAUAAAUUUCUUAGAGCUUGCAGCAGAAACAAUGGCAUUGCACACAACUUUUUUGUUAUUUAUGUAAAAUAAAAUUUGCAUUUGAACAUGAGAUGCUAUAGCUAUAGGCUGCUGUUCUGAAACUCCUAUUACAACUUUUGCACCUGCAUUCAUGCUGUACUUAGAAGCCCUUAUCAGGGAAACAUUCAUGCACACGCACAUGCAUGCAUGCACGCAUGCACUCAGCAUUAACUCAUUUAAGGUCCUAUUCACCCUGUUCAGCAUGUCAAUAUAUUCACCACUCACACCUUGAAAAUGGAUUUUAACUAGGUUCUUACCUUCCUGCCUCAACCGGAAAAAAUAAAGAGCUGGAACCUAAAGAGGGGCCAUGACAUUGUUCCAGGGAAUUGGCUCUUCCUUUUAGUUUAUCUGGUGCUGAUAUGCAGGCUCUGUAGAUUACUUACCCCAACUCUAACAUACCUUUAAUCCCUAGUUGAUUGAAAGCAAUAGAUGGAAAUAGAUAUUCAGCUGCCAAAAAGGAUUUGUAGUGCAGGAAUAAAGAAACUGAGCACAUAUAUUGUAAAUAAGAUGGUCCACGGUUGAACUGUCUUUUCAUUCCACUGUAGCCAUCCUAGAAUGUACAACACCCAGAGGAAGUUUGACGUACAAUUAACCAAAUCUGCUACAGGUUCAAUGUGGGUUAAGGUUUUGCCUCUGUGAAAUUGGGCAUCAAGGUUUUAAUGUUUGGUGGCAUGCUACGAUAUGUAUUGUCCAAACUAAAUCUCACUAUUAGCUCCCCAUUUUGCUGCAGAUACACCUAAACUGUACACACUGACCAUGGGCAAAGGGCGAUCAUAGUUUUACAAAAACAAAACAUUACCUCAAAGAGCACAGGGCUUGGUUCUUGUCUCAUGAACGCUGGUGUAAAUCCAAAGGAACAUGAGUAAGAGCACGGUGUUCCACUGAUGUAAGAGGAGGAUCAGCCUUGAAAACACUUAUCUACCAUAUGAGACAACAGAUUAAAUUUGCUCCUCUUGAAUGGUCACACCUGGUAGAACAGUAUACUUGCCAUUUAUCCCAAUUUGGACAGGAUUUAAUUUUUCUCUUUCUUCUGGGUACUGGGUAGCUAGCACUGAUACUAUUUUUGCAUGCAGUUGUCUGCUGCAGCCAUGAGGAAUAAGUUUCUCUUCAGGCAUCUAUACAGAUACCAGAACAGGGGAGCAAGAGAUCCCAUAGGAAUCCCUUUGGUAAGAAGUGGAGAGAGAAGCAGGCACUUAGAGGGAGGAGCAGAACACUGAGUUGGCAGGAGAGAAGAAAAGGGAACUCACAACUGCUGUCAGAGAGCAAGCAAGCAAGAGGAAAUGGGAAGACUUCACAAGGCACGAAUAGAAAAGAGAUGCCUGAGAAAGAUGGUACAGUCUGAAACAACAGCAGUUAAUAAAACAGGGCAGGACAAGGUUUCUCUCACCAUGGCUGGUGUCCACCAAUGAGACACUCUAGGAAGCAGUCAGUCACCGGUAGGACAAGUUGUUGCUCGUCACAAUGCUCAAGAAUAAGAUUAAUCUCCAGGAGCAAAUGGAAUAGGGAGGUUGUGGGUCCUGAUCUGAAAAAGAAUUAAUGCUCAAGCAAUUGAGGAUUACCAGGUGUUUUUUCUGAGUGAAGCCAUUCCAAUCUGAAAAAAAUCUUUCUAUACCAGUAGUCAGAGAGGCAAGCGUUCUAUAACCUAGGUCAUUUUCAACUGAGACCAUAAAAUAGUUAACAUCUAGGCUAUAUUUCAAUGGUAGUAAUAAAUACGACAAUUUUGAGAACUUUUCCACGAUUUAUUCCAUUAAGACAUAUUUCAUACUAUAUUUUUAAAGUACAUGGUGAAUUCCUUCAUUUUGUAUGUGUACACAAACAUUCUUAUUUCAUCUCUCCUCUAGGUAUCUGUACAGCUGUUAUGGUUUCUAAAUACAUAUUAUGACUGUGUAUCUUCAUUAUGUCUGUGUAUCCUCAUGUGUUCCUAAUGCUACAAGUGUGACCAAAUACAGCAACCAAAUACUUUAGUUUUUACUUUUUCAUUCAUAACAUUUUCAGUGUAUGUAAGGCAUAGUUUUUCACAAGCACUUACAUUUUUCACAAGCACAAAUUACUACCGGAAGUCAGUGUAGACUUGGGCUCCUAAACUGGCUAAAUAUUUUGCACAAAUCCAUUGUGACAUGAACUAAACACAUUCUCUGACUAAAAUAAAAAUGGAGCAAAAAUUUCCUUCACUUAAAGGACUUUGGUGCAUAUGAAAAUUUUACCCAUACUUAAUACAUAUAAUUUUAGUUACAGCUGAGAAUAACACAGUGACGCAAAUACUUCAUGAACACUGGUAUAUUUAGCCAGAUUGGUCAAUGACUCCAAAAAUGCAGAACAUUAGCAGUGAGGUUGUAUAACUAUUACAUCCCCCAUGAGAAUAUAAAGGUAGUUUUUUUUUUCCUUGAACAAACUAAGCGUUUUAAAUUUUCAUUUUGAAAAACAGUGAUAAAAACAUUUUUUGAAAGAGCAUGUUUAGGUUAAUGUAAACUGAUAAAAUGGAAUGUCUUUUCAGUAAUGUCUUGAAAUAUUCAGAUAAGUAGGUUGUUUAAGUGAAGUCACUGAGAAUAAAUUGUCUGUAAAUCUGUGUAAACAUUUAGUGUUCAUACUUACAGUUUAGGACAGCGGUUCUCAACGUUUUUUAGGAUCAAGGACCCCUCAAUAGACUAACAGGACUCCUCG